UUUGAAAGGUGUUAUAAAAAUGAGUUUGUUAUUAAAAUUAUUGUUAACUGUUCAUAUUCAUGUACCAUUAAUACAUUUCACUAAUUUAACUUCUUCCCGGGAGUUUUUUGUGCUCUCUUGUCUAACAGGUUCCUGUGGAGGCCUGUCCUACACGAAAUAUAGAGAUAAGUACAGUAACAACAAUAAUAAAAAAACAUAAUGAUAAUAAUAGAAGUAUGAGAGCUGUUUUGUGUUAAUGUUACUCACAAUGAUGCCAUGGUGAUGCUCGGUACACAGGGAUCCACAAGAUGAAGAUCAAAUUGCUGAAUGGUGUCUGAAUGGAAAAUAAAUCAAUAGAUUAAAUCUAUAAAUCAAUAAAAUUUUAACCACAUUUUCAUUCAUUCAUGUCUUUAAAGAAAGAUUCAACAAAAGUACAAUCAAAUCUCCAACAGACGUGUAACAAGUGCAGUGUUGUGAAUGUUGCUGGCUCAGCUACAGAUCCCUUGUGUUUCCAGUGCUCUCCUGUUUGUCUCUCUCUUUUUUUGUUUCACAUGGUUCUCCUUCCAGCUUCCCUGUCUCCUGUGUCACAAACUGGCUCAACAUAUGUGACAAGGAGGGGAGACAAGUCAGGAUUGAAAGUGCUAAAUGAAAAGGUUUUAUUAUAACUUAAACAAUUAUAUUUACAAAAAGCAUGAGGUGUGGAGAGUAGUGGCAUCAGUGGUGAAUGUAGUGUAUAGAUGAGUGAGAUGUGUGUGCUGCUGUUGAGUGUAAAAGGAAAACGUCAAAAAGAACCAAGAACCAAGAACCUGUAGCGGCGUGGAGCCUAGGAGAGAGAGAGAGAGAGACAAUGAGACCAGGCUGGCUUAUAUCACCUUGGGUAGAGGCCUAGCCAGGUGUGAGCACUUUGCCCUAACGACCCUCCCUAACUGCCAACUCCUGCAGGAAGUAAUCAGCUGCAUGAUGCUAGCAGAAAGGGAGGGGUCGUAACACCCCCCUCCAUAAGAACGAGGUUCCACUUCGUGUUAUACAUCAAAUAAGUGUCAAUAUGUCCCAAUCUGUCAUAGUUAAUACAUUACCAAUAGCUGAUGGGCAGUACUGCACUCCCUCCAGGCUGUAUCCUCCAGCACAUCCCUCCAUCCUCACCAACCCAGCAGCCUUGGUACCAAAGGAGCAAUUUAAGGGAAUGAAUGAGCCGAUAGAUGAGCAGAGGAGAGCAUGGAAAUGAGAGACAGCAUGAAUAAAUAGACUAAGGGUCCACAGGUGCCCGAGACAGGGCAUCUGCAAUUACAUUGUCAGUCCCCUUAAUGUGUCGGAUGUCUAGGUUAUAUGGCUGCAGGAACAGCGCCCACCUCAUUAGCCUCUGAUUUAUGGGUUAUGGUCAGUGAAAACAGUCAGUGGAGAUAACCCUGAAUCUUCAUAGACAUCAAAAUGUUGCAGAGCCCAAACAAGUGCCAAAGCCUCCUUCUCAAUCACUGAAUAGUUGUAUUGAUGCUUGUUAAAUUUUCUUGAAAAGAAGCUCACGGGACAAUCUACACCCUCCGCGCCACCCCGUCAAACGGCAACAUCGCGCGCCCCCCCAGUGUCACUGCUACUAACCACCUUCUGAUUUGCUGUUGUGAUUUGCACUUCAGGGCCACCGUAGUUUAACGUAACCGCUGUGAAACAAUCUGAAAAUAAUGUUUUAUUGAUCAGAUUAACCGGCUUUCUGACUGUCAUCGCUCCCUCUCUUCAUUCACUCUCUAGCUCGCUCGACCACAGCUAACACAACAGCGUCAGUAGAUCCGGUGUUUCGGUUUAACUGGUGACCGUGUUAAGUGGUGACAUUCUUACAUUACAAGAUACGUUAGGAGGUGAAUGAGUCUUCUGAACACAAUUUAACUUUAGCGUAGCUUAGAUAGUAAACACAGAUGAGUAUGUAUUUAAAAAUGAUUAAACUAAUUAAGGCUUUUAAGAGAACACCUAGAGAAAAACACCAUUUAACCUCUGUAGCUGCUUACUGAGCAACUCUGUAGGCUGCCAAAGUCUAUAUAGACUAAUUAAUGGGAAACACUGAUUAUUUAUUUAUUUUUAGGGGUGCUGAGAUCAAGUUUAGGGUCUAAAAUUGCCCCUGGUUUUUAUUUAGUUUGAGUGUUUCAGGUAGUGAAAAAAAUACUCCUCUGUUAAAUCAGAUGAAGAAGUUGGGGGUGUCGGUCUGUUCCUUUCUGAUGAGUGCUGAUGUUAUGCUGCCCUCUGCUGGACAUGUGGAGGAAACAGAACAAGACAACUUGUGUAAUUGCCUACAAAAAGUGCAGAUGCCCCCUGCUGACCAUUUGAGAGAAUGCAGCUAGCAGGAAGCGGGAGUGACAGUCUGAACAAUAAUUCAGAUUCGAGAAUCAACAGAAAUGACUUCACAACGAUCAGGAUGAACAGGUGUUUGAAGGACGAUGGCUGUUAGAAAGAAGCUGUUAAACACACUGGAAGAUCUGACAGAUGAAGAAUUCACUAAGUUUAAGUGGUACCUACGCAGUGACAUCCCAACCAGUCAUCUGGAGAAAGCAGACAGACCAAACACUGUAGAUAAGAUAUUACAGAAGUACAAACAACAGUCUGUGGAGGUAGUGAAGAAAACCUUAAAGGAGAUCAGCAGGAACGAUCUAGUGGAGGAAUUGUCGAACAUCAGCACAGGAUCACACGGAGAACCACCACCAAAGCUUCAACAUAUCACAUCGUACCAAGAAAAGCUCCAAUCUAACCUCAAUGACCGGUUUAAAUGCAUACAUGAGGGAUGGACAACAAAGGAUGAGAAGCUUCUGGAUAUCUACAAAGAGCUGAACAUCACAGCUGGAGGAGACGCUAACAUCACCAGGCAGCUCAGACAGAUCCAAACAGCAUCAGGACAGUCUGAAGAGCCUCACAUCAGCAAUAUCUUCACACACCCCUCUGGAAAGAAUGUAAGAACAGUGUUGACCAAUGGGGUUUCAGGGAUUGGCAAAACAUUUCUUGUGCACAAAUUUGUGUUGGACUGGACUGAAAAAAGAACCAAUCAGGAUGUGCAUCUUAUAUUCCCCUUUACGUUCAGCAGUCUGAAUUUACACAGUGAGGAAGUUUUUAGUCUUGCAAAACUUAUUCACACAUGUAUCCCUGAAACUGUGUUCAUGAAACAGGAAGUUCUUCAACACAUCUUCACAACACUACAGACAUCAGGAAACACAAACUUUGACAAGAGUGAAUAUAAACUUCUGUUUGUGUUGGAUGGACUGGAUGAGAGCCGCCUUCAACUAGACUUCAGCAUCAAUGAAAAGUUAACUGAUGUGACAAAGUCCACCUCAGUGAAUGUGCUGCUGACAAACCUCAUCAACGGCACCCUGCUUCCUUCUGCUCGCCUCUGGAUAACCACACAACCUGCAACAGCCAAUCAGAUCCAUUCUGAGUGUGUCGGCAUGGUGACGACAGAGAUCAGAGGGUUCACUGACCCACAGAAGGAGGAGUACUUCAGGAAGAGGUUCAGAGAUGAGGAGCAGGCCAGAACUAUCAUCUCCCACAUCAAGACAUCACGAAGCCUCCACAUCAUGUGCCACAUCCCAGUCUUCUGCUGGAUCACUGCUACAGUUCUGGAGGAUGUGUUGAAAAGCAGAGAGGGAGGAAAGCUGCCCAAGACCCUGACUGAGAUGUACAUCCACUUCCUGGUGCUUCAGAUCAAACACGUGAAAGAUGAGUAUGGCAGAAAAAGAAGCAUUCAGUACAUUAAGACUCUUAAAAAACUGGCUUUUAAGCAGCUGGAUGAAGACAGCCUGAUCUUCUCUGAGGAAGACCUGAAAGAUGGCAACAAUAAGUCCAAUGAAGUCUUUCUGUAUUCAGACGUUUUCUCACAGCUCUUUAAAGAGGAGCAUCAGAUGAAGAAGGACAGGAACAAGGUGUUUAGCUUUGUCCAUCUGAGCAUAGUGGAGUUUCUGGCAGCUCUGUAUGUGGUCCUGUCAUCUAUCAAUAGCAACAAAAACAGUUCUUCCCAAAGUCAAAUGAUGGUUUGCAGCCAAACACCUCCACCAGAGAUCAACAAUAUCAUUGACAAGGCUGUAGAGAGUCCAAAUGGACACCUGGAUUUGUUCCUCCGCUUCCUCCUGGGUCUUUCACUGCAGACCAAUCAGACUCUCCUACAAGAUCUACUGACACAGACAGGAAGUAGCUCACAGACCAAUCAGCUGAUAGUAAACUAUGUGAAGAAGAAGAUCAGGGAGAAUCCAUCUCCAGACAGAAGCAUCAAUCUGUUCCUCUGUCUGAAUGAACUGAAUGAUCGUUCUCUAGAGGAGGAGAUCCAACAGUCCCUGAGAUCAGGAAGUCUCUCCACAGAUAAACUGUCUCCUGCUCAGUGGUCAGCUCUGGUCUUCAUCUUACUGUCAUCAGGAAAAGAUCUGGAUGAGUUUGACUUGAAGAAAUACUCUGCUUCAGAGGAGGCUCUUCUGGGGCUGCUGCCAGUGGUCAAAGCUUCAAAGAAAGCUCUGUUGACUGACUGUAACCUCUCAGAGAGAAGCUGUGCAGAUCUGUCCUCAGUUCUCAGCUCCCAGUCCUCUAGUCUGAGAGAUCUGGACCUGAGGAACAACAACCUGCCGGAUUCAGGAGUGAAACUGCUGUGUUCUGCACUGGAGAGUCCACACUGUACACUGGAAACUCUCCUACUGUCAUCAGAAAAAGAUCAGGAUGUGUUUGACCUGAAGAAAUACUCUGCUUCAGAGGCGGUUCUUCUGAGGCUGCUGCCAAUGGUCAAAGACUCCAAAAAAGCUCUACUGACUGACUGUAAGCUCUCAGAGAGAAGCUGUGCAGCUCUGUCCUCAGUUCUCAGCUCCCAGUCCUCCAGUCUGAGAGAUCUGGACCUGAGUAACAACAACCUGCAGGAUUCAGGAGUGAAGCAGCUUUCUGCUGGACUGGAGAGUCAACACUGUACACUGGAAGCUCUCAGACGAAGGCCUGUCAGCGGGAAGCGGGUUGGGAUGGAGCGAAGUCAGACAAGAUGCGAUUCUCGGCGAACUCCGCUGGACCCGAUCGGUUCUGAUAGCUGCAGGUUCCUGUUCAGCCAGUCGUUACACGGCCGCUGAUUCAGGGGGGGUCGUCUCUCCAAGGCGCAGGCUCCAAGGAUGCAGGCUCAAUUAGUUAUUAUCUUAAUAACUUCGGAUCGGCUGGCCAGGCGAAGUCAAAUCUAGUCAAACUUAACUAAUUUGAUCUUGAA